CCCAAAGCUGAGCAGCCAGCAUUUCUUGUUCUGAGAUCACCCUUCUGAACACCUCUGGCUGCCAACUACCGAGGCUGGCAGAGCCUGACUCGGUUCCUCAGCUCCAGGCGCUGGACAAGCCCCCCAGGCUGGGGUGGCGCUGGUCCCGUGAUGGCCGCCCCCGUCCGCGGCCUCCUGCUGGCGGUGCUGUUUUCUGCCACCUGUAAAGUCAUCACCUCCUCGGAGCAGAUGUGCAAGGAGAAAGAAGCCAACAGAACAUAUAACUGUGAAAAUUUAGGUCUCAGAGAAAUUCCUGACACUCUACCGAACACAACAGAAUUUUUGGAAUUUGGUUUCAAUUUCUUGCCUACAAUUCAAAACACAACUUUCAGCAGACUCAUAGAGCUUAUCUUUUUGGAUUUAACCAGGUGCCAGAUUAACUGGAUACAUGAAGACACUUUUCAAAGCCACCAUCAACUGAACACAAUUGUGUUGACUGGAAAUCCCCUGAUAUUCAUGGCAGAAACCUCACUAAAUGGGCCCAGGUCACUGCAGCACCUUUUUUUAAUCCAAAUAGGAAUAUCCAGUCUCGAGUUCAUCCCAGUGCACAACCUGAACCACUUGGAAAGUCUGUACCUUGGAAGUAACCACAUUUCCUCCAUCAAGUUCCCAGAACACUUCCCGACACAGAAUCUGAAGGUUCUGGAUUUUCAGAACAACGCCAUACACUACCUCUCUGGGAAGGACAUGAGCACUCUGGAGGCCACCAACCUGCGCCUCAACUUUGACGGCAAUGACAUUAGAGGCAUCGAACCUGGGGCUUUCCAGUCAAAAGUCUUCCAGAGUUUGAGAUUUGGAGGGGCUCCUGACUUGUCGGUGAUAUUGAAAGGUCUACAGAACUCUACCACCCAGUCUCUCUGGCUGGGGACAUACGAGGACACUGAGAGCCAAGACCUUACUCCAGCCAUGCUCGAGGGACUUUGUGAAGUGUCUGUCGAGAGCAUCAACUUGCAGAAGCACCAUUUCUCUGACCUGUCCCCGCCCACACUUCGCUGCUUCACGGGCCUCCAGGAGUUGGAUCUGACGGCAGCUCACCUGUCAGGGUUACCCCCUGGGAUUCAGGGAAUGACCUCUCUCAAGAAAUUAGUUCUCAAUGUAAAUCACUUUGACCAACUGUGUCAAAUCAGUGCGGCCAGCUUCCCGUCCCUUACAGACCUCUCCAUCAAAGGCAACCUGAGGGAACUGGACCUCGGUGCUGGGUGUUUGGAAAAACUAGAAAAUCUUCAGAGACUUGACUUAAGCCACAGUGUUGUGAAGGCCCCUGAGUGCUGCAAUCUGCCGCUCAAAGGCCUGCACCACCUGCAGCACCUAAACCUGAGCUACGCCCAGGCCAUCGGUCUCCAGGACCAGGCCUUCGAAGAGUGUCCUAGGCUGCAAGUGCUGGACUUGGCAUUUACUCACUUGAGCGUUAGCGCUGACCAAAGUCCUUUCCAAAACCUCCGUCUCCUGCAGGCUCUGAAUCUCUCUCACUGCCUCCUCGAUACCAGCAAUCAGCACCUUCUAGAAGGCCUGGCGGAUCUCCGGCAAUUGAAUUUACAGGGAAAUCGCUUUCAAGACGGGAGCAUCUCAAAGACCAACCUACUUCAGACAGUAGGCAGCUUGGAGGUUCUGAUGUUAUCCUCCUGUGAGCUCCUCUCAAUAGACCAGCAAGCAUUCCGCAGCCUUGGGAAAAUGAGCCACGUAGACUUAAGCCACAACAACCUGACGGACAAUAGCAUCAGUGCUCUUAGCCAUCACAAGGGGAUCUACCUCAACCUGGCCAACAACAGCAUCUGCAUCGUCCCACCCCAUCUCCUCCCCAUCCUGUCCCAGCAGAGCACCAUUAAUCUAAGCCACAACCCUCUGGACUGCACUUGCUCAAAUGUUGCUUUCAUAACGUGGUGCAAGGAAAACCUGCACAAGCUCGAGGACACGGAGGAGACCGUGUGUGCAAACCCCCCGUCUCUCAGGGGCGCUAAGCUCUCGGAGGUCGAACUGUCCUGCGGGAUUACAGCCGUGGGCAUCUUUUCUCUCGUGGUGUUUUUAUUCUUGUUCACCAUUCUGCUCGUCUUUUCAGUUAAGUACCUUCUAAGGUGGAAAUACCAGCACAUUUAGUGAUGAAGAUUUCCAGAGAUGGCAAGUAAAUGUGUUUUGCAAAAUUGCCAUAAGUAGAGGCACUAUAUUGUCUGUUCGUGACCAGACAUUACACCUUGGUUGCUGGCACCGGGCAGAGAUUUACUGUGCUUUUCUGAGCCGCAGAACUAAUGGACCUUCCUGGAAAGUAAACGAGGGACAGAUGCAGCUGUGAGAGACCAGAGCCAUCUCCUCACGUGGAAGGUGGUGGAAGCUGAUGGAGGGCCCGUGGCAGGGCAAAGCCAGGACUGUCACCCACAAGGAGGCCACUGCCCUUACUCUCAUGACAUCCUUCGAAGCACCUCCCACCCUGACCCUCACUGCCACCACCUGGGUGUGCUGAGGACCCCAGCUCCCAACUCUCUUUCCCACAGUCAGGCACUGUGCUUGCGUCUGAGUUCUCAGUCAUGAGCAUUUGGGGGAACUUGCUGUGGAUAAAGUCUUAACGCUCAUUUUAAAUGAAAAAGGGAAAAUGAUGAAUUUAUAAGAGGCUGAAAAGUGAAUCUUGCCAUCAAAUCGACUCCAUUCAUCUCCCUCAUCCUCAGGUGUCUGUGGUCUCUACAAUGUAGGGUGCAAAUCACCACAAAAAAUAAAGAAUAAAAAGACUCCCCUGCCCCAUCUCCCCUCCCCAAGCUCUAGGAUUUCUGCUCACACGCGAGCCUGAGGACCAGGGAGGCUCGUCCUGCCGAUCUGGAGUGCUCACUGUCGGCUCAGAGCCUGGCUUUCAGGUGGGCCACUGUCCAAAUGCGCUUCUCAUGGGGAUGCCUGGUCCUGCGAAUCCUCUUUUCCACGGGACCAUGAGAUCAGUGGUGGCUGGGCUCCCAGCCCAGCUCCAAUGCCUAUUCACCGGGACAGCGAUUGAGACAGCACUUUUACAAUGACGGCUGGUGGGACAGCAUCUCUGCGCGCUAGCCAUCUGUCGAGAACACAGUCAGCUGGCUCGGCGAGCGGUUUCUGUGGAGCCGGGGUAGCACCAGCGACAGAGAUAAGGCAGGACCAUCGAAUGCAGAGAGAGAAAGAGGACAGGGAGCUGGCAGGUGAUGACUUAGGCCUUCCCGGCGCCCAAAGGGUCGCGCUCCUGCAGGACUCCUCUUCUGAAGUCUACAUCGUAGACGCGGGUGCUGCAUGUACAAGGCCUCGGUUGAGUUCCAGAACCUGUUCUAGGCUAGCGAUGGUAACUUACAGUUAUAAAUUCCUGAUUAAAUAUCAAAGGAAAAUUUGAUAAAUAUUCAGUUAGAAUUUAUUGGCCCUUAGGUUGAGGGCAUAAUAGUGGGACAUGAUAACAGAGUGGAAACUUGGGGACCAACUCCUUUUUACUUCUCUAUGCCCAGAAAAGACAGGAAAGACAAGGAAAUAGUGAAAAGACAUCAUAAACCUUCCCUGGAAAUGCUGUUACUCUUAGGGGAUAUUUUCUACUAAACAGGAGGCCAAGUUUUCCCACAAGUUCUUGGUUAGAGACACAAGGUCAGGGCUAGUGUCAGGUGAGUGAGGCUUUUGCCUUAGGUGCAGAAUUUAAGGGAACCAUGCUUUGUACAAUAGUCAAGAUCUGUAAAAAGCCCAAAUGCCCAUCACUAGAUGAGUGUACAAAG